AAGUUCCCCGCCCCACCCGUAAGAACUGGGAUUUGACUAAAGGCAAAAGAGGAUCUUGCCCGGGUUCCCGUUGUUCACGGCUCCUCCUCCUGUUGCUGCGGGCGUGAUUCCUGGGACUCAGAUGGACCACACAUCCCCGACCUACAUGCUUGCUAACUUAACCCACUUACAUUCUGAACAACUUCUACAGGGCUUGAAUCUUCUUCGUCAACAUCACGAACUCUGUGACAUCAUUCUUCGAGUAGGUGAUGUUAAAAUCCAUGCUCACAAAGUGGUACUUGCCAGCAUCAGCCCAUAUUUCAAAGCUAUGUUUACUGGAAACCUUUCUGAAAAAGAGAACAGUGAGGUUGAGUUUCAGUGCAUUGAUGAAACUGCUCUCCAGGCCAUUGUGGAAUAUGCCUAUACAGGGACUGUUUUUAUUUCACAGGACACAGUUGAAUCUCUCCUUCCAGCAGCAAACCUACUCCAGAUAAAACUUGUCCUGAAAGAAUGUUGUGCAUUUCUUGAAAGCCAACUUGAUCCUGGUAAUUGUAUUGGAAUUUCUCGCUUUGCAGAGACAUAUGGUUGUCAUGACCUUUAUUUGGCAGCCACUAAAUACAUAUGCCAGAAUUUUGAAGCAGUUUGCCAGACUGAAGAGUUUUUUGAGCUUACGCAUGCUGAUUUGGAUGAAAUUGUUUCCAAUGACUGUUUGAAUGUAGCUACUGAAGAGACUGUUUUUUAUGCACUUGAGUCUUGGAUCAAGUACGACGUCCAAGAACGCCAGAAAUACUUAGCACAGCUACUUAACAGUGUACGAUUACCAUUGCUGAGUGUUAAGUUUCUCACUAGAUUAUAUGAAGCAAAUCAUCUUAUUCGUGAUGAUCGCACUUGUAAACAUCUUUUGAAUGAAGCUCUGAAGUACCACUUUAUGCCUGAACACAGACUCUCUCAUCAGACAGUCUUGAUGACACGACCUCGCUGUGCUCCCAAAGUACUUUGUGCAGUAGGAGGAAAAUCUGGACUGUUUGCCUGUUUGGAUAGUGUGGAGAUGUACUUUCCUCAGAAUGACUCUUGGAUUGGUUUGGCACCCCUAAACAUUCCUCGGUAUGAAUUUGGAAUAUGCGUUUUAGACCAAAAAGUAUAUGUUAUAGGUGGUAUUGAAACUAACGUGCGUCCAGGCAUCACUAUCAGAAAACAUGAAAAUUCAGUCGAAUGCUGGAAUCCUGAUACAAAUACCUGGACUUCUCUUGAGAGAAUGAAUGAGAGCCGAAGUACCCUUGGAGUAGUGGUACUUGCAGGAGAACUUUAUGCUUUAGGUGGUUAUGAUGGACAAUCUUAUUUACAAUCUGUAGAGAAGUAUAUUCCCAAAGUAAGAAAGUGGCAACCUGUGGCACCAAUGACUACAACAAGAAGUUGUUUUGCCGCAGCUGUGUUGGAUGGAAUGAUAUAUGCCAUUGGUGGGUAUGGUCCUGCCCACAUGAACAGUGUGGAGCGUUAUGAUCCAAGUAAGGACUCCUGGGAGAUGGUUGCAUCUAUGGCAGAUAAAAGGAUUCACUUUGGUGUGGGUGUCAUGCUAGGCUUUAUUUUUGUGGUGGGUGGACAUAAUGGUGUUUCACAUUUGUCAAGCAUUGAAAGAUAUGACCCUCAUCAAAAUCAGUGGACUGUGUGUAGACCAAUGAAAGAACCCAGAACAGGAGUUGGUGCUGCAGUAAUUGAUAACUACCUUUAUGUAGUGGGUGGUCACUCAGGGUCUUCCUAUCUGAAUACCGUGCAGAAAUAUGACCCUAUCUCAGAUACAUGGCUGGAUUCAGCUGGCAUGAUAUACUGUCGCUGCAAUUUUGGAUUAACUGCACUUUGACAAGUGUGAACUUGUGGAAAUAGCGUAGUGAUGAACCUUGUGCUGCAUGAAAGGAUGCCCAGUUUUCUGAAGCCCAAAAGCUACAUUGCUUCCUUUUUAACUUGAAAUGGCAUGAAGACUCAAAGUUUUGUUGGGUACUUUGAACUGACAAGUAUCUUUGGUUGCUCUUGAUUAUACAGUGAAUCGAUAAUCCAA